AUGCUAGUUCAAAGUGAGAAUCAGACCCUUCGUCCUCCAAUGAGCAAGAACCGGACCCUUCUUCCUCCAAUAAGCAAGAACCAGACCCUUCUUCCUCCAAGGAGCAAGAAUCAGACCCUUCGUCCUCCAAUGAGCAAGAACCAGACCCUUCGUUCUCCAAUAAGCAAGAACCGGACCCUUCUUCCUCCAAUAAGCAAGAACCAGACCCUUCUUCCUCCAAGGAGCAAGAAUCAGAUCCUUCUUCCUCCAAGGAGCAAGAAUCGGACCCUUCGUCCUCCAAUGAGCAAGAACCGGACCCUUCGUUCUCCAAUGAGAAAGAACAGGACCCUUCUUCCUCCAAUAAGCAAGAACCAGACCCUUCUUCCUCCAAGGAGCAAGAAUCAGAUCCUUCUUCCUCCAAGGAGCAAGAAUCAGAUCCUUCUUCCUCCAAGGAGCAAGAAUCAGACCCUUCGUCCUCCAAUGAGCAAGAACCGGACCCUUCGUUCUCCAAUGAGCAAGAACCGGACCCUUCGUUCUCCAAUGAGCAAGAACCGGACCCUUCUUCCUCCAAUGAGCAAGAACCGGACCCUUCGUUCUCCAAUGAGCAAGAACCGGACCCUUCGUUCUCCAAUGAGCAAGAACCGGACCCUUCUUCCUCCAAUAAGCAAGAACCAGACCCUUCUUCCUCCAAGGAGCAAGAAUCAGACCCUUCGUCCUCCAAUGAGCAAGAACCAGACCCUUCGUUCUCCAAUAAGCAAGAACCGGACCCUUCUUCCUCCAAUAAGCAAGAACCAGACCCUUCUUCCUCCAAGGAGCAAGAAUCAGAUCCUUCUUCCUCCAAGGAGCAAGAAUCGGACCCUUCGUCCUCCAAUGAGCAAGAACCGGACCCUUCGUUCUCCAAUGAGAAAGAACAGGACCCUUCUUCCUCCAAUAAGCAAGAACCAGACCCUUCUUCCUCCAAGGAGCAAGAAUCAGAUCCUUCUUCCUCCAAGGAGCAAGAAUCAGAUCCUUCUUCCUCCAAGGAGCAAGAAUCAGAUCCUUCUUCCUCCAAGGAGCAAGAAUCAGACCCUUCGUCCUCCAAUGAGCAAGAACCGGACCCUUCGUUCUCCAAUGAGCAAGAACCGGACCCUUCGUUCUCCAAUGAGCAAGAACCGGACCCUUCUUCCUCCAAUGAGCAAGAACCGGACCCUUCGUUCUCCAAUGAGCAAGAACCGGACCCUUCGUUCUCCAAUGAGCAAGAACCGGACCCUUCUUCCUCCAAUAAGCAAGAACCGGACCCUUCUUCCUCCAAUAAGCAAGAACCAGACCCUUCUUCCUCCAAGGAGCAAGAAUCAGACCCUUCUUCCUCCAAUAAGCAAGAACCAGACCCUUCUUCCUCCAAGGAGCAAGAAUCAGAUCCUUCUUCCUCCAAGGAGCAAGAAUCAGACCCUUCGUCCUCCAAUGAGCAAGAAUCAGACCCUUCUUCCUCCAAUGAGCAGUGGGUGA